AUGCGUUUUGACCAUUGCUAUGUCACCAACAGUAUCUGCACACCGUCUCGAGCUGCCAUUCUCUGCGGUACACACAACCACGUCAAUGGAGUGAUGACGCUCGACUCUAAAAUCAACAAAAGGCUGCCCAAUGUUGCUAAACAGCUAAAGUCAGGUCCUGCGGCCUACCAAACAGCGAUGGUGGGCAAGUGGCAUCUUGGCGAGGGCGAGGACCACGAACCCACUGGCUUUGACUACUGGAGCGUUGUACCUGGCCAAGGUGAAUACUGGGACCCUCAGUUCAUUGAACCCUCUGGCACGACUCGAGUUCCCGGAUACGCGACCGAUAUCAUCACAGAUAAAUGCAUAGACUGGAUGGAAAAGCGUGACAAGUCACGACCAUUCUUUCUCAUGUGUCAUCAUAAAGCCCCGCAUCGAUCUUGGGAGUACGAUCAGAAACAUAAAGACCUCUACAAGGACCCAGUUCGGCUGCCCGAUACCUUCACCGAUGACUAUAAAAACCGCGCCAAUGCUGCCAAAGUGGCCAAGAUGAAAGUCGCAGAAGACUUGACCUACACCGACCUGGGCAUUGUGCAACCAGAAGGUCCUAGAAGUCAGACCGGCGAAAAGAUGAUUGACGUUUGGUGGUGGAAUGACCGCAAGAUCCCUGCGCCUGACGACGUCACGGGGUUGAGACUUAUCUGCAAGGAGACAGCUCAAGUGUUUACCUUCAAAACCAAGCAAGAGCUCGCAGAGUGGAAGUUCCAACGCUACAUGCAGAGGUACCUUCGGACUAUCCAAAGCAUUGAUGACAAUGUUGGCCGUAUGCUUGAUUGGCUUGACAAAGAAGGCCUUGCAGAGGAUACAAUUGUUGUCUACACAUCAGACCAAGGCUUCUUCCUCGGUGAGCAUGGCUGGUUCGAUAAGAGAUUCAUGUAUGAGGAGAGCUUCCAGAUGCCUUUCAUGAUCCGUUAUCCACGAGAAAUUACCCCCAAGUCGGUAUGUGGUGAUAUUAUCUGCAAUGUCGAUUUCGCACCUACGUUUCUCGACUUUGCAAACACCCGCAUCCCUACAUACAUGCAGGGUGUAUCUUUCCGGUCACUUGUUCAAGGCAAGACACCAUCAGACUGGCAACAAGUUGCGUACCAUCGCUACUGGAUGCACCGAGAUGUCAUUCAUGAAGCAUAUGCCCACUACGGUGUUCGUGAUCAGCGGUACAAACUGAUAUACUGGUACAAUGAGGGCUUUGGCCUAGAAGGUACAAGAGAGGGAGGUCAAGAGAGAGAAUGGGAGCUAUUUGACUGCCAGGAAGACCCACUGGAACUGUUCAAUUGUUACAAGGACCCUGAAUAUGUUGAUGUUGUUCGACGGAUGACGCAGAUGUUGGAGGAUAAGAUGGCGGAGAUUGGAGAUGAGCCAGUCCACAAACUACUUGGCUCCGUGUGA